UCCCCUCUUUUUUCUUGUUUUUGUAGGCAGAUUUUUUUUAAAAAGAGGGGAGUAAGUUUUCAAUUUGUAUUUUGUAUGAACUCAAUUUUUUUUCUUCUAUCGCCAUAUUCUUAUGAUUUUACGUGUUCAUAUAUCUAUUAUAAUUCAAAAUUAUUAUACUAAUGGUCGUCAUCAAGAUUAGUGUUUAUGAUACGUAUAAGAGUUGUAGUUGUGAGUAAAAGACAAUUGAAAUCAAAUAUUUUUCCCCUAAUUGUCAUCUUCACGAAUUAAGUUAAUUUGUGGUUAUGGAUUAUAAUUCAUUCGAGCUGAAUGAGUCCAUUGGGACGAAGGUGGGUGAUAUUUGUCGACAACGUCGUAAAGACCCUCCCUUCUUAAUAUUUGAAGGUGGUUCUAAUCCUCAUGAUUUCUCCUUCACUAUUCUCCUCUUAGAAAUGUCUAUAGUUCUUAUUUUAAGCCACCUCUUGCACUUUCUCUUGAAGCCUCUCAAACAGCCUAAAGUUAUCUCCGGAAUUCUUGCGGGCAUAAUCAUUGGACCUUCAGGUCUAGGUCAAAACAACACCUUUGCAAAGUAUGUAACUCCGGCGAGCUCGCAAUUUGUUAUACAAAAUAUAGGUAUUAUAGGAUUUAUGUUAUUCAUGUUUGUAACGGGUGUGAAAAUGGACCUAAAUGUAAUCUUCAAAGCCAGAAAAAAGCACUGCAUAAUUGCAUCAGCUGGGAUAAUAAUUCCCUACAAUAUCUUGUGGUUAGUAGCAAUAUGCAUCCGAAAAGAUAUGGACUCAGAUUUCGUACAAUUUUUUGCGAUAGUAAAUAUUACUUCAGCUAUGAUCGUCACAUCUUUUCCAGUUAUUUACACUAUUCUAAAAGAAAUGCAACUCUUAAGCUCGGAAAUUGGACGUCUUGCCUUAUCAGUAGGGAUCAUAAGUGACUUUGUCGGGGUAAUUGCGAUUGUUGCAUUUGAAGCAUAUUGGCAAAAACACAACAAAAUUAAGAGGUUGGUAUGUUACUUGUUAACAAUUCCCGGGGUUACUUUCUUAGUAAUUUAUGGCGUACCACAUGUAAUGCAAUGGAUUAAAAAGAAAACUCCUGAAGGUAAACCAAUAGAGCAAAAUUAUAUUAUUGCUACUUUGCUUGGAUUUUUUGUGAUUGGAUUCACUAGUGAUUUUAUUGGUGCUGCGAUUGGAAAUGGGCCUCUUUGGUUUGGGUUAGCGAUACCUGAUGGACCCCCAAUAGGGGCAACUAUUGUGGAUAAGAGUGAGUUUAUUAUGAACGAAAUAUUUAUGCCAUUUGCAUAUGCUACCAUUGGCGUUAAAAUAGAUGUGUUUGCAAUGACCAAGUUUUGGACUUACAUAACUCCCAUAUUUACUUUGGCAUUUGUUGCCAUUGUAACGAAGAUGGUUGCGAUUGUUAUGGCGGCUCGAUUUUUGGACAUGUCUUAUAGGGAUUCACUUACUUUGGGAUUAAUGCUCAGUCUCAGAGGCCAAUUGGAAUUUUUAAUGUGUCUUCAUUGGAUGGAUUUAAAGAUUAUACAGACGCCAGCUUUCUCAAUGCUGGUGACUUUGUCAAUUGCAGUGACAUUCAUAGUUAGUCCAUUAAUCAACUUCCUUUAUGAUCCAACAAGACCAUACAUGAUCAACAGAAAAAGAACUAUACAACACACAAUGCAAGAAUCUGAACUUCGAAUCCUAGCAUGCAUAUACGAUCAAGAGAGUGUGGCCAGCCUGUUUAGAUUGCUGGACUUUGCUAAUUCAACAACUAGAAACCCAUUAAAAGUUUUCACGCUAUACCUUAUCGAGCUCCUGGGUCGAGGCGCUCCCCUUUUCAUUGAUCACACAAAGUCGCAUGAUGAGUAUUGGGAUAAUAACAAUGAGGUCGUUCACAAUGCAAUCAAGCUCUAUGAAAAGGCUCAUACAGGCCGCAUUACAAUGGAAUUUUUUACAAGCGUUACUCCUCAUCAUACCAUGUACCAAGACAUAUGUGAGAUUGCCUUGUCAAACAAAGUAGGAUUUAUUAUUUUACCCUUCCAUAAGAAAUGCAUUGAAGAUGAGAAUGAUUUUUCAACUUCCAUACAUAGGCCAGGAGUGCAAUCUGCAAAUGAUAACACUUUAGCUCAUGCACCUUGCUCUGUGGGAAUUCUAGCAUGCAAGAGUGUUGCUACAUGGGGAUCAUUUCAAAAUAGAGCAAGCAACAAUAUCCAACGCCAGUUCGCAAUACUCUUCCUUGGUGGCUCUGAUGCCCGUGAGGCCCUCUCCCUAGCUGACCGUAUGAUGGAACAUUCUGAUGUGUCAUUGAUCGUGGUUCGAUUUUUGACAUACGAGUUUAAAGGGGAUGAUGUGUUAGAGAGGAGGAUGGAUGAUGGGGUGGUUAUUUCAUUUUGGGUAAAAAAUGAAAGGAACGAAAAAUUAACGUACAAGGAGGUUGUUGUGAACAAUGGUUUUGAAACGCUUUCGUCUAUACAAUCAUUGAACCAUAGUUUUCCUAUAGAUCUCUGGAUUGUAGGGAGGAAACAUGGAAUUAAUCCGAUUUUGUUAGACGGUUUAUCAGAAUGGAGUGAUAAUCCCGAAUUAGGAGUAUUAGGCGACUUUUUGAUAUCAACGGAUUUUAACACCACAGGAUCUGUGUUGGUUGUGCAACAACAAAUAUUAAGAGAUCAAGAGGCUAAUCAUUGCACUUGUUUGUAGUUUGGAUUUCGAAUCUAAUUAAAAUUUCCAUAGAAAAUUGAUUACU